ACACCACCGAUCACACACACACACACACACACACACACACGUGCGCGCGCGCCUGCGCUUUACCCAAGUGUCACCACUAUAGAACGAUCUGAACGCGGGGAAGCGCGAGAACAAUUCCUCCGUGGAUUUCUGCACAUCAAGCCAAAACCACUUUUUUUUUUCCUUACGUGCACAAUAAAGGGACAUUUCAGUCAUGGAGACACUGUCCAGGACAGGGACAGAGGAGCACGGUGCAGUCGGAGAGCCUCCUGUCCCGGUGGACUUUGCGCCCGUGGACUCAGUGGGUCCGUGGGGAAGCGCGAGCGUGAGGAAGCACCAACACAAACACAACCUGAAACACCGCUACGAGCUGCUCGAGACCCUGGGCAGGGGCACCUACGGCAAAGUGAAGAAGGCUGUGGAGAGACACACCGGGCGCGUGGUUGCAAUCAAGUCCAUCCGUAAGGAGAAGAUCAAAGAUGAACAGGACAUGGUUCACAUACGCAGAGAGAUUGAAAUCAUGUCUUCCCUACGACAUCCACACAUUAUAUCUAUUUAUGAAGUGUUUGAGAAUAAGGACAAGAUUGUCAUAGUGAUGGAGUAUGCCAGCAAAGGGGAGCUGUACGACUACAUCAGCGAGCGGCGUAAGCUCAGCGAGAGAGAGACGAGACACUUCUUCAGGCAGAUUGUCUCAGCUGUACAUCACUGUCACAAGAAAGGAGUGGUGCACCGCGAUCUAAAACUGGAAAAUGUGCUGCUAGAUGACAAUUACAAUAUAAAGAUUGCAGAUUUUGGCUUGUCCAACCUUUACCACAAAGACAAGCUUCUGCAGACAUUCUGCGGCAGUCCUCUCUACGCUUCACCUGAAAUUGUAAAUGGAAGGCCAUAUCGAGGCCCAGAGGUUGACAGCUGGGCUCUUGGUGUGUUGCUGUACACUCUGGUGUAUGGCACUAUGCCUUUCGACGGAGGAGAUCACAAAAGACUCAUACGCCAAAUCAGCAAAGGGGAGUACAGGGAACCUCCCCAGUCAUCAGAUGCUCGUGGCCUGAUUCGCUGGAUGCUGAUGGUAAACCCAGAUCGCCGGGCUACUGUAGAGGACAUCGCCAACCACUGGUGGGUGAACUGGGGCUGGAAGACUAGUGUGUGUGACUGCCAGACUCAACGAGAGAACAGCUCACCCAUGCUUGCUCGCUUUAUUGACUGGCAGAGUCGCACGGAGACUCAGCCAAGCAAACUGGCUUGCCCUGAUUCAGGCGCCAACACCAGUGGGACCAUUUCAACCCGUCGACUCAGGAGGUCCUCAAAGGAAAACGAGGGUGGCAUUCGGACCAUUCUAGAGGAGAAGCCAGCUGUGAAAAGACCCAAAAGUAUCCUAAAAACGCGAGCAAGCACCGGAGAUCAGAGGUCCCAAAGCUUGUGCGAGGCUGAGUUGCGGCGCUCCAUCUGCUACAGGGAUGUUGAACCCACCUCGAGUCCUGAGAGAGAGGAAGCAGCACGUGGCUCACCAGCCAAAACGAUGCCUUCUCUUCCCGUGAAAGGCAUCCUGAAAAACAACCAUCAGCGUGAGUCUGGCUAUUAUUCCUCUCCGGAGCGUAGCGAGUCCUCCGAGUUGCUAGGAUGCAACACUGUGGCUCCGCCUCCCAAUGGCUCACCACCUAAAAGGGUGCCUGGAAGGAAGGGCAUAUUGAAGAGGAACGGGAAAUAUUCAUCUCACAGUGUGGCAGCCACACUGGACUCAAACUUACCACAGAGUCAGAUUCGAACCUCAGUCGUGAGGGAAGAGAUCGGCAUCUCGAGUAUGGCAGUGGAUUGGCCACCUGCUUCUCCUAAACCCAACAUCAGGGGCAGCCUGUCAGCCGAGGAUCUACUGCAGAUGGCAGGAUUCAGGGGACUGCAAACAGCAUCCGCAAUCCAUGGCUCAAAAAACACUCGCAGUCCACCAGGAUCUCCUGGGGACAAUGGUAGCUUCUCCCUACUAGGGGAUCUGGAUGAUGUGACUCAAGUGUAUCAGCAGGCCCUGAACAUCAGCAACCGUCUCAGUUAGAAAGGGAGCAUUGAAUGACUAUGGCAAAGUGGCUGGAUCAGUCAGGAAUAAUCAAUCAUGCAUUCGAUCAUUGACCUUGAACUACAUUAUGUUUACAUGUUACAAGAAGGGAAAUCUGAAGCUUAUGGAGCUGGACAUGUCAUCAUGUCGAUGGUUCUCCCUUUUCAAUUCAGUGACCCAGGAAGAAUGAGGCAAGCACCUUACUGAUACAUUGCCCUCCACGAAACAUUUCAAACCUGACUGCUUACUACUGAAAAAAAGUACACAGUUGAGAAUAUUAGAAUUAUUUAUUAAGAAACAUUUUGGGCAUAUGAAUCUGCAUGGCUACAAAAAGUCAUUAUGUUUAUAUACUGAACUGCAAAGUCGAACAGUAGAUUGCCAAUGCUGUAUUAGUGACAUAACAGAAAGCACUUGGGCUCAGAGGUCAAAUCAGCACUAGAUGAAUAUGUCAGUGACUCUCACAUACACACUGCCAUUUGGAGUCUGAACCAUUUAAGCGAGUGGCGUGACACGGUGGUGGUACUGGGUGUAACCUGCGGAGUAAAUCCAGUGCAGGAACACCCUGUAUUUCAACAAGAGCCGCUAUUGAAAAAAAGAGGAAUAGGCUUGACUAUUCCUGUUUAAUAUCAGCCGUUCAUAUAAAUGCUGUUCGUUCCAAACGUGACAGGUCAUGAAAACAAACUGUUACAAAAUAUACAACAAAUGACUUUUAAAAAAAGUCAGGUUCAAGACUGUACAGUUAGAUCUACGUAACUAAACAAUAGAUGCAAUUGUUGAGUAUUGAGUAUUGUGAAAGUGCAGUGUUUUUCUGUUUAUCAGACAGUGGAAUACUACCUUUAACUGGAUCUACAGUGCUAAACGUUAUACUAUGUUAGUAUUUUAUUUUUUUUUUGCUUUGUUUUUACAUUGAUACAUUUUGCUUUCAGGUUUGAUUAUGCAAAUGAGUGAGUGUGUGUAUGUUGGCUUAAUUUCAAGGGAGUGGAAUUUUAAUGACUAGCCACACUUUAAGACAAAUGUGCUUUAUAUGUAACAGGCUGCAGAAAGAAGUGCAUGAUCUGGCUAUAUAUAAACCAAGAAAUGGGGAAAAAAACCUCAACAAAAACAAUGAUGCUAUGCUUCUAUAAUUGCCAAACUGGAAAAAAAAUGUUCGCACCUAUUUAUCACUUAGGGUCAUUUUGCAGUAAUUAACUGGAUAUUGUGUAUUUAUAUGUAUUUAAAUGUACCGUUAUUUAAUCUUUCAUGUAUUAUAUAAUUGUACAUUAUUCCCAUGGCUAUUGUUUUUUUUUUUCUCAAAAUGUAUUUGUUAAUUUUGACCUAAGAAAUGUCUUGUUGUGUGCCUUCAUUGGCCAGAAGAUCGUCAUUAUAAUAAUUAUCCCCAUUUUGAAUAUGCUUCAAUUUACAGUAUUAAACAGAAGUAGUUUGGUUAGGCAUCUGUGACAAACACUCUCUGUGGAAAUAAAUGGUGUAUUAAAACAAUAAGGUCUAUGCUUGAUCCAUGACACUUUGGCUACUUCUAAUAAAGUUCUAUGGAGUAGAA